UUGAGUUGAAUAUGAGAAGAAUAUGGCGACAGUGAUCUCGUAGCAGUGGAUAAGCUUUCGAUUUCGACCUCGAAGUACGUACCAGUGUUUAUCGUCGUGUGAUUAGAAGUGUUUUUUUUAAGUAUCCGAUAAAUCGGAGACGCGACACGAUGAGCUUCUUCAGCAAGGUGUUCGGCGGCAAGAAGGAUCCGGCUGCUCCCUCGACGGCCGAGGCGAUUCAGAAAUUACGCGAAACGGAGGAUAUGUUGAUAAAGAAGCAGGAGUUCUUAGAGAGCAAAAUAGACAAUGAAGUGUUAAUAGCGAAGAAGAAUGCGUCGAAGAACAAGCGAGCUGCCAUUCAAGCACUGAAAAGAAAGAAACGAUAUGAAAAGCAGUUACAGCAAAUUGAUGGCACACUGUCCACGAUUGAAAUGCAAAGAGAAGCACUGGAGAGUGCAAAUACAAAUACCGCUGUUCUUACUACCAUGAAGGGUGCCGCAGAUGCGAUGAAGGCUGCGCAUCAACAUAUGGAUGUCGACCAAGUACACGAUAUGAUGGAUGAUAUAGCAGAGCAACAAGAUGUGGCUAGAGAAAUUUCAGAUGCCAUAUCUAACCCAGUAGCAUUUGGCCAGGAUGCUGAUGAGGACGAGUUAGAAAAGGAGCUAGAGGAACUUCAACAAGAACAGCUUGAUAAAGAAUUACUUGGUAUUGAUACAACGACAGAUGAACUACCAGCAGUACCAACUUCAGUUCCUGUUGCGCCAAGCAAAAUUCGCACAAAAGCUAAACCGGAAGAGGACGACGACUUGAAAGAGUUAGAGGCAUGGGCAUCGUAAAGUAAUGUUAGAAGUGAUGUUAAAAUCAAAGAUACAAGAUGUUUUUAGAUAAAUGUAAAUUGUAUAUUAUUAUCACCAUGCAUAAAUUACUAUAUCAUUAAAUAAUUAAUUAAUUAAAUUAAUUUUCUAAUAUGAGUAUGCAAUGCUAAGUUUCUUAAGCAGAACUUUCGAACAAAAUUACUGAAGUUAAUAUUUAAGCUUGAGUAAAGAUUAUAUUGCUUGUAUUUUUGUUGUGGUAAAUAUUACUAAUAAGUGAAAAGAACAACAAACAAAAGUUGCUUAUAAUCAGUGGCAGAGAAAGAGAGUAGCAUAUUUUAUAUUUACAGUAAAUAUAUUGCUAAUAUACAAUAAACGUUAAAACUUA